GGGAACUGUACGAGGAGCGGACGGAGCGGAGUGGAGACUCCCUCGAAGAGUGACCGGAGCUGGUGGGCAGCAGAGCGGAAUCCCUGUCCUCUCCAUUACCACCUACAGCCCCCGGUGGUGAUGACCUGGGAUCACUGAGGCAGUGGUGUCUUCUCAUCGGUCCAGUGCCCGUCCGGUGCUGGUUGGCAUCUUCUGGUGCCCUAGGUUGGCAAUGAGACUAUCCAUGGUCCUUUCCUUGCUGCGGCCCGCGGGCCCCGUGGUGGUCGGGAUCUCCCUGGGCUUCACCCUCAGUUUGCUCAGCGUCACCUGGGUGGAAGAACCAUGUGGAACCGGCCCAAGGCUACCAGGUGGACUCCCAGAUUCCGGACACGACUUGAGCAUCAAUAGGAAGCCCAAUUCGGUCCAGACCGGCUCGGAUAAUAAUGAGAACUUUGAACCCAAGAUCAUCCCGUACACUCCGCCUGAUCCCCAAAAAGUGCAGAAGAAGCCUGUCCGAUCUCGCUACAUAAGCACAGAACUUGGCAUCAGAGAGCGGCUCUUCGUUGGUGUCCUGACCUCCAAGACCACCCUGAACACCCUAGCUGUAGCGGUCAACCGGACCCUAGGCCACCGGCUGGAGAAGAUUGUCUACUUCACGGGUAUGCGAGGUCGAAAACUCCCUCAUGGCAUGACUGUGGUGACCCACGGAGAUGACCGGCCCAUCUGGAACAUGUACCAGACCGUGAAGCAUCUGUUGGAUCACUACAUCCAAGAGUACGACUGGUUCUAUCUUGUCCAGGACGACGCCUACACCGAGGCCCACCGCAUUACCAAGCUUGCCUCACACCUAAGCAUCGAUGCCGACUUAUACCUCGGCCGGCCUGAAGAAUUCAUUGGCGGUGACACUGAGGGGAGGUACUGCUAUGGCGGAUUUGGGUAUCUACUUUCUCGAAGCCUCCUGAAAAGGCUACAGCCUCAUUUGGAAAGCUGCCGCAAUGACAUUCUUAGUGCCAGACCUGACGAGUGGCUGGGAAGAUGCAUCAUAGAUUACACCCAUGUCAACUGCGUAGAAGAGCACGAGGGAAUCCGCUAUCGUUACUUUGAAUUGGGGAAGAACGUGGACCCCGAAAGAGAGAGCGACCCCCGUUUUAAGAUCGCCUUCACGGCCCACCCAGUCCUGGACCCGGUACAGAUGUAUCGCCUGCAUAAGCAUUUCGCUCUGCUGGAACUGGAGAGGACGUACCAAGAAAUAGAGCAGCUGCAGCGAGAAAUCCAGAACACCAGCAGCCUGACCGUGGAGGGGGAGCAGUCUGCCACAUGGCCUCUCGGGAUCAACCGACCCUUCCAGCCCCGGACACGCUUUGAAGUUCUAAAGUGGGAUUACUUCACCGAGGACCAAACCUUCUCCUGUGUCGACGACUCUCCAAAGUGUGAGCUCAUCGGGGCCGAUCUCGCCGAUGUCAGCGAUGUCAUCAGCACAGCCGUCGAUGAGUUAAACCGGAAAUACCAGCCUGUGCUCCACGUGCGCAAACAGCAGCUUCUAAAUGGCUACCGGCGCUUUGACCCGACACGAGGUAUGGAAUACACGUUGGAUCUACAGCUGGAGCUGGUGACUCAGAAAGGCCAUAGCCGCUCGAUAACCAAGAGAGUCCAUCUGGUCCGUCCGCUCAGCGAGGUAGAGAUCAUCCCGAUGCCGUAUGUUACCGAAGCCAGCCGCAUCAACAUCAUCUUGCCUUUGACAGCACAGGACAGAGAGCAUGCUGACCGCUUCCUUCAGGCCUUCGCAGACAUCCAAGGCAAUGAGAACUCUCUUCUCACCCUACUCUUCAUCUACGACCCCUUCCAAGCUCAGCAGGUGAGCCAAAACGACAUCUUUGGCCAAGUCAAGAGCCAAAUCGCGGAGUACGAACGCAAGUACCGCGACAUCAAGAUCCCCUGGAUCAGUGUGAAGACUGAUGCUCCUUCUCAGAUCCGUCUCAUGGACAUCAUCUCCAAGAAGCACCCGGUGGACACUCUGUUCUUCCUCGCAGGUGUCGGCAGCCAUGUCAGCUCAGAGUUCCUCAACCGUUGCCGGAUGAACACAAUCAACAACUGGCAGGUCUUCUUCCCCAUCCAUUUCCAGGGCUACAACCCUGAGGUGUCUGAGCACGGGCAACAGUCUCACUCAGGGACCCUUGAACUGGUCCGGGAUGCCGGGCGCUUUGACAGGGAUGUUUUCGAUGAAGCUUGUUUCUACAACGCCGACUACAUGGCUGCCAGGACAAAGAUGGCGGCCGAUGCUCAAGAGAACGAGGAAAUCCUGGAGAUGCUAGACAUCUACGAGAUGUUUAUUCGGUACUCGGGGCUCCAUGUCUUCCGAGCCGUGGAGCCGGCACUACUCCAGCUUUACCGCACACGGUCCUGUAACCCACGUCUCAGCGAGGAAAUCUAUCACCGGUGUGUGCAAAGCAAUCUGGAAGGACUGGGUUCUCGGUCCCAGUUGGCCAUGCUCUUAUUCGAGCAGGAACAGGGAAAUAGCACCUGACCAUAAUCUUAAGGCAACGCCUCAGACCAAGUGUGCUCAUGGGGCCUCAAAGACCCUUUAAACUGUUAAAUCCAUACCAGCACACUGGUGAAGGUGCCAGGAACAAAGCCUUAGUGGCACCUCCUAUAACUCUGCCUGGUACGAUACAAGGUCUUUGGCCUUUCCGGACAAACUGACAUAAAAACUGCCGCGCGGCUGGACGUGAGGGGACCUCCCCCCUCCAAUAAUGGACCCUCCAGCAGCCUCAUGUUUUGUGCUUCCUGCACCCACUUUUGCCAUCAUUGCUGCUUCUACUACCUGCUCAGAAACUGAAGGACGCGUUACAUGUGCCCACGUGCGUCUGUGGUGUUAUAGAUGCCCGGAAUAGAACACUUGAAUUUUCCAAACAAAAAUUGUCACGUCUUUGUGAACCCUUUUUAAUUUAUCUCCAUGGUCCGUUUGGUUUUCGAAGAUUUUUUUUUUUUUUUUUUUUUAACUUUAUGGACUCUUUAAGAAUUAGAAGGUUUUCACGUUGUCCUGUCCCUGUGCUAUAGACUAUCCAUCCCCCAACAGACAGUUGCCUAUUUUUGGAACUUGUAACCAUCGCCGUUGGUGGUAACCAUUCUGCUGAUCCAUGUCUGUAGGCCUGCCUCCCAUCUAUCCAAAUAUUUGAAAUAAUAAAAAGGUUGCGCAUUUCUUAUCUGUCACUGCUUAACAAGUCAGUGCCCACAUCCUUUAUUUCGUAAUUUUGUUUUUUAAGCUUAACCAAUCAUUUUUAUAUCAUAAAUCUAUAUUUAAUGUUUGGGGUUUUCUGUCCUUUCCCUGUGUCCAUGUGGUUUAUUCUUCCUGGCCACAUGCUCAUACCCCACACCAGUGUUUUUCAACCAGGGUGCCUCCAGGUGUUGUAAAACUACAACUCCCAGCAUGCCUGGACAGCCUUCGGCUGUCCAGGCAUGCUGGGAGUUGUAGUUUUGCAACACCUGGAGGCACCCUGGUUGAAAAACACUUCCUCACACUGUCCUGUUUGUGGUCAGUUUUGCAAUCCUCCUGUAGUUUUGUUCAGUCGGCCGGAAGGGUUGGCGCAGUGCCCCCCUAUAUGACCACAUUGUGUCUCCUUUUAAAUUGGUUUUGCAUUUUAUAUAAAUAAAGCUUCAUCUUUUGUGAUUUUUCUACAAA